UUUUCCAUAUCGGAGAGCCGAGAAGGCGCCUAUCAAAGAGCGCAUCUAUUAUUAUCAUUUUCUCUUUUCUCUUCCUCCUUUGAUAUUUUCUUCCUCCUUUCUCUCUCCCAACACAUACCUCCAAAAAUGGCCGAUCAGCUCACCGACGACCAGAUCUCUGAGUUCAAGGAAGCCUUCAGCCUUUUUGAUAAGGAUGGAGAUGGCUGCAUUACUACUAAAGAACUUGGGACUGUAAUGCGUUCACUGGGCCAGAACCCAACUGAAGCAGAGCUUCAGGACAUGAUAAAUGAGGUUGAUGCUGAUGGGAAUGGUACUAUUGAUUUCCCGGAGUUCCUUAAUCUGAUGGCUCGCAAGAUGAAGGACACUGAUUCUGAGGAAGAGCUCAAGGAAGCUUUCCGGGUUUUUGAUAAGGAUCAGAAUGGCUUCAUUUCUGCUGCUGAGCUCCGACAUGUCAUGACAAAUCUUGGUGAGAAGCUGACAGAUGAGGAGGUUGAUGAGAUGAUCCGAGAGGCGGAUGUGGAUGGUGAUGGCCAGAUCAACUAUGAGGAGUUUGUCAAAGUCAUGAUGGCCAAGUAAGGAGCAGUCAACCAUAACUAGAAGUUAAAAAACAUAAGAAGAGAGAAGGAACGGGGCAGAUAAGUUUGAUGAGAAAAAUACUAUUUCCCUUAGGACAUCUUCAUUUGGUGAUAUUAGCUUUGGUUGGAUUGUCUGUUGGCUUGUUUGCAUUAUUUUGUUGCACUUUCCAUUACUAUUUGCUCUGUUUCUUGUUAGUAGCUUGGCUUGUUAGUUUCUUUCUUUUAUUGUUUGUUAUUUUAUAUCUACCUUUGGAUUAUGAACCUAGAACAAUCUGGAUGGAUAAUCAUGUUUUGCUUAUGCAUGACUAAUUUUGUUAA